GGACUCGGCGUCUCCCCCUGAGUAAUGCUGGAACCCCCUAAGCCCCAAGGCUUUGCCGCAAUCCUUCCAAGAGUAAUCCUUCAGAAUAUACACCGUCAACCUUCUCCUUCUUCACCCCCUCCUCUCCGCGGUAUGCACAUCACCACCACCUUCGUUUGAUUCCUGUCUAGCACAAGGAGCACGACCACCACCAUGGCCAUCUUACGCGACUUCCGCGGCCUCCGCAUCGUCACUGCCGCUGCAAUCGCCAUCCUUAUCGCCCUCCUCGUCCUCCUCAACCAUCGCCUCCCAGAGGGUUUCCAUCCCUUGGCCUCGCUGCCAGGCUCGUUGUCCACCCAGCCCACCCAUCAAACCAUAACCCAACACACUAACAGCACCGGCAAGCUCGCUUACGUAACAUGGCUGUCGAGCACGCUGGUCGGCCCCGACAGUGAAGACCUCGACAACGACAACUACUUCAUUGCCACGCGAAUCCUCGUCUGGCAACUGCUCCAUGCCCCCAAGACUCGUUCUCAUGGCAUCGAUGUCGUCGUCGUAAUCACACCUUCCGUAUCCGAAUCGCGUCGUAAGCGACUAGAGAAAGACGGCGCCAUUGUCAGGCGCGUUGAGUUCGUACAUGGUAAGAACGAGGGCUGGAUCAACCCCGAACAAGAGAGAUGGAAGGACAUCAUGACCAAGCUGCGCGUUUGGGAAAUGGUCGACUACGAGCGGAUGUUGAUGUUAGACGGGGAUACAAUUCUGAACAAGCCCCUAGACGAUGCUUUCAACGACCCAGGUGCUCAGAUAGUGUCUACCCUGCCUGUUGGGCACGCAGAGUCUAGGCGGAAGGGCGAUGAGCCGGACCUCCCGUCUCAAUACCUCCUCGCUAGCGUCGGCGAGACCAAGAAUUACAAUCACACUUGGCCGCCCACCAAGCCCACGGACUUCGAACGACCUGACUACUUCUGCGCCGGCUUCUUUUUGCUCUCGCCAUCCCUGGAGCUGUUCAAGUACUAUACUGCUCUCCUCGACAUCAAGAAUCGUUUUGACACGAGGUACAUGGAACAGAGCUUACUGAAUUAUGCCCAUCGACCGGAUGGACCCAUGCCUUGGAAGGAGGUCGACUACAAGUGGAAUGUUCGCCACGUGAAUGAGAGGGAUGUGGAGAAGGGCCUCGUCAGUAUGCACGAGAAGUGGUGGCUGCUUCCAUGGAGUGGAAGCACCAAGCUGAGGGACGAGUUCCUCAAAAUACGGUGGGAAAUGGAAGGAUGGUAUAUGGAGAGAAACAGGUAGUCGCGCUUCAGAUUUGGAUUACAUCUAUACGGCAGUGCAAACGGAGUACGGUAGAGUGCUAUUCAGAACUAUUUCGAAGGCAAUUGGUACAAAAGUUUUAAUAGCUUUUGAAGAUGGAUCGCUUUUUACAUAAUAUUUUCACUGUUAUAUAAUGUACUAAAACAGCAAUGGGAAUACGGUGUUACUCUCCAUAUA